GGGUAUCACUGUCAUGCCGUUAGGGCCCUCAGCUUGUCUCGAGUAGCAUGAUGGCAGCCCUGCACGUGCUCAAUGGGGCCUGUUCAAAAGUCUCCUUCGCUGUCUGCAACGUCCGCUUUUCAGCGCCAGCCUUAUCGUGAUCCUCAUUAUGUCUUCUGCGCACACGAGUCUUCCCUUGAUCGUCCGCAAAGAAGAGGCAAAUGGCCCACUCUGCCAGCAAUUUAAGGAGGAGAUGAAGACUGAGCUAUCUCACCUUCUUGGCCACCGUAUGCAGUUGCCGCCGGAAGCACGCCCUCAGCUUCUACCCGGUGGCUCCGUUUGCCUUGUUGCUGAGCUGGAUUCAUGUCACGAACCUCAGUCUCAACAUAGUCCAAAGAGUGUGGUAGGUAGUCUUUGCCUCAUACCGCUCCAGCCGGGCUCGGGUUGUGCCAAAAAUUUACCAGCCCAAGCCAGAGUCGGCGAGAUCAAGCGCGUGCUUACCCGACCAGCCUACCGGCGACAUGGCGCCCAGAGAGUGCUACUGACUGCCAACGAGGACCUCGCGCGGAUGGAGCUUAGUCUGCAUCUUCUGGUGCUCGAGACGCUGCACGCACUCCCUGAAGCACAGAAGAUGUAUGAGUCCUACGGCUGGAAGCGGAGAGAGACAUUUGGUUUCUACGACGCCACCUACAGUGUGUGCUAUGAGAAGUGGCUGUAG